UAGCUGAUGGCGUGUCUAUAUAUCUACGUGUUUGUGUGUGACUGUGUGCAGUUUUGAACCUAAAGCGGCCAAGCCCAGACGAUUCACAAAGGCAAGUCUGGAAAAAAUGUUGAAUUGAGGGAUUUGGGCGUAUAAAUGGCCCCCUCCCUUUCCAAACCCCUCCUCCGUCUAUCCCCACAGCCGCCUUGCCUCCAUUGUCUCUCCACUCCCUUCUCUUCCCUCUCACCUCCUAAAACCUCCAUUGCCCGCGCGCACGAGCGCCCGCGUCGAGGACUCCAGCUCGUGUGUCCGUGCGAACGCGCGGUUUUCUUGUCACGAACUGUCGCUCCGGUCAGGGGAUUGAGGAGGUGGGGCGGCGGCGGCGGAUUUGUCGGGCCCGAGAUUCCCGGACAAGGAGAAAUGAAGUACGUCCUUGUCACCGGCGGGGUAGUGAGCGGCCUGGGCAAGGGCGUUACAGCCAGCAGCAUCGGCGUCGUCCUGAAGGCGUGCGGCCUCCGCAUUACGUCCAUUAAGAUUGAUCCUUAUCUUAACACUGAUGCUGGGACUAUGUCUCCAUUCGAACAUGGUGAAGUGUUCGUACUGGAUGAUGGUGGCGAGGUGGACUUGGAUCUUGGUAAUUACGAGAGAUUUUUGGACAUUAAACUUACUCGGGACAAUAAUAUAACCACUGGAAAGAUCUAUCAGUCUGUAAUUGACAAGGAGAGGAAAGGGGAAUAUUUGGGAAAGACUGUCCAGGUUGUGCCACACAUCACAAAUGCCAUACAGGAGUGGAUCGAGCGUGUUGCUAAGAUACCAGUUGAUGGCAAGGAGGGACCUGCUGAUGUCUGUGUGAUAGAAUUGGGGGGCACUAUAGGUGAUAUUGAAUCUAUGCCAUUUAUUGAAGCUUUGGGUCAGUUCUCUUAUCGUGUUGGUCCUGGCAACUUCUGCCUGGUGCACGUCAGUCUAGUUCCAGUUUUGAAUGUUGUUGGUGAACAGAAAACAAAGCCAACCCAGCAUAGUGUACGUGGUUUGAGGGGACUCGGGCUCACCCCAAAUAUUUUAGCUUGUCGCAGUACUAAGGAAUUAGAGGAAAAUGUGAAGGAGAAACUCUCCCAGUUUUGCCAUGUUCCGGCAGCAAAUAUUAUCACUUUGUAUGAUGUUUCCAAUAUCUGGCGCAUUCCUUUGUUGCUACAUGAACAAAAGGCUCAUGAGGCUAUUCUUAAAGUUCUGAAUCUGGAAAGGAUGGACAGCAUCGCUCGAGAGCCAAAGUUAGACGAAUGGAUUGCAAGAGCUACUAUAUUUGAUACCCUUCAUGACACUGUGAGGAUUGCUAUGGUUGGGAAGUACACUGGCUUAUCAGAUUCAUACCUCUCUGUGUUGAAAGCCCUCUUGCAUGCAUCUGUUGAUUGCCACAGGAAGCUUGUUGUUGAUUGGGUUGCUUCAACGGAUCUUGAGGACUCCACUGCAAUUGAGGCACCUGAUUCAUAUAAAACUGCGUGGAAUUUACUGAAGGGGGCAGGUGGAAUUUUGGUACCUGGUGGCUUUGGUGACAGAGGUGUUCAAGGGAAAAUUUUGGCUGCUAAGUAUGCCCGUGAAAAAAAUGUCCCAUAUCUUGGUAUAUGUCUUGGGAUGCAGAUCGCUGUGGUGGAGUAUGCUCGUCAUGUCAUGAAUCUUACUGAUGCGAACAGCACUGAAUUUGAUCCAAAUACCAAGACCCCUUGUGUUAUUUUUAUGCCUGAGGGUUCCAAAACACACAUGGGUGCGACAAUGCGAUUAGGAUCAAGGAGGACAUUUUUCAAGAUUGCUGAUUGCAAGUCUUCUAAAUUGUAUGGCAAUGUCACUUAUGUUGAUGAAAGGCAUCGGCACAGAUAUGAGGUGAACCCUGAUAUGGUUCCAGAGUUCGAAAAUGCUGGACUUCAGUUUGUUGGCAAAGAUGAUACUGGAAGGAGGAUGGAGGGCUAAUUGCGGCUGCAUCUGGACAGUUGGAUAGGGUCCUGCAAGACCGCUGCACUGGUCAUGCUGUUUCAGAGAAACAUGUUCUGAGCAACGGCUCAUAUACACCCGCAAUACACCAAAAUGGGCACCCAAAGAAGCUCCCAAAUGGUCUAUCAAACGGAACAUACUAUGGCAAUGGCAAUGGCGUGCAUGCUUAGGAGCAUCAGUGGAUGGAUCGAGGAUUUGCAACUUUUUGCUUACAGAUUUGCGAUUCCUAAUGCAUCAGUUUUGUCGUGGCUGGCUUGACUGACUACCAUCAUGGUCGCUCGAGAAACAAAAAGUUCCUGUGCUCGAUGUGGACUGUCUGGUAGGGAUAGUGCUCGUUCGGUGGUUUCUAGCGAAGCGCGAGAUAGUGGUUUCUGUGUUCGCCGAUCUCUACCCUCUUCUGUAAGCAAAUGGAGCAGAUUUGGGUCAGAAGAGUUUACAUGCUGUACAUCCUAAAGAAAAGCUGAAUGUUUUGGUUGCUCAAAUUAGGUUUUCAGUGAGGUCUAGAGCUGAUGCUUAGAAAUGCGCAGCAGUGCAAGAGAGUAUUUCGAAAUUAAGCAAGUCUGUAUUUUGAAUUUGGAUACUUUUUUUUGUGCUUGUGCGCAAAUAAGUUGAUGCCCUGCUU